AUGACAAAGCCAGAUUUAAAGUCGCUAAUUCAACUGUUCCAAGAUGCUACUCAAUAUUGGGUGAACAAUUUAAAUAAUGAAGAUAUCACUAAGCUUAAAGCGUCAAAAGUUUCAAAACCAUUAGAUGAACUACUAAAACUUGUCAAACUAGUUAAAGCUCAUACAACUAAAGUGGGUAUAAUAUUUAAACCUGACACUUUGGAGAAACAAGAACAACCUGCUUACAAUACAUUGGAGAAAUUAUCAGAAUCAUUGGUAUUUACAACCUCAGUUGUGUCACAAUUACAUUCCGAACAACAAAUUUCAAAAAUAUUCUAUCAAGAGAUAUUAAGUCAAGUAAGACUUUUGAUCGAGUCAAAUGUUGAAUUGGCUAACGAGCUAAUGACUAUCUAUCAAGAAAAGACCGAUGAGGGAAGAUUGGUGUCAGUUGGUAAAAUAUGGUCAAAUUGCGACUCAUUAGUUACUUUGCUAGAAAAUGGGCCGUUAGCAUUACUCACAAAUAAAAUAAAACUAAGUGUGACUUUGAUUGAAGACGGAUUCGACGAAUUUAGUGAAUGGGCAAAGAAUCCAGAAGAUAUGGACGAUGCAUUUGGGUUCAGUGAUGAAGACGAUGAAGAAGAUGCAGAAAAUGAAGAAGAAUUGGAUGAACAACAACUAAACAAACUUAUAGAAUUUGCAAAGAAAUGGGUUAAAAAAAUUGAAUUGGUUAAAUUACUCAUAUCAUCAUUUAAGAAAUCAUUGCCCAAAACAACCACCAGCUCACAAGUUGACGAGAUAUAUGACUUACAGAAGAACCUUACAAAUCUAAUUGACAAGUUCAUAGUGGAACUAAUGUUGAAUCGAGAAGAAACUAGAGAAAUUGAACUAAUCAAAAAUGACAUAACGAAGAAUUCUAUUAAAUUAGCUAAAUUAGCAGAGUCCAUACAUAAAGAUGACAAGAAAUCAUCAUGGUAUUCAACAUGGAUAACUAAAUAUGAUUAA